AUGAAUGGUUCUACUGAUAAUGCACUAUUCCAGCCAAACAGAGAUACCUAUGUGAAUCACUCAGGUUCUGACGACACUAGUUUUAAUGAUUCCCAAGAUGAUGAAUUUGAUUAUAAUUCAGACGAUGACUUGGCUGGUAAAGAAAUUGAUAAUAAUCAUUUAGAUAAAAAGGCUGCAAUUCCAAAUGAACAUAAUCUACAUGCAGAAAUUGUAGCUCCAGUAUCUGAACACUCGUGUGCUUAUUGUGGUAUAGAUUCUCCUACUUCUGUUAUAAAAUGUAAUAGUUGUAAAAAAUGGUUUUGUAAUUCAAAAAAUGGUGCUACUAGUUCUCAUAUCGUUAAUCACCUGGUUUUAUCUCAUCAUAAUGUUGUUUCUUUACAUCCAGAUUCGGACCUAGGUGAUACAAUUUUAGAAUGUUACAAUUGUGGUUGUAAGAAUGUUUUCUUAUUGGGAUUUGUCUCGGCAAAGAGUGAGGCAGUUGUGGUAUUACUAUGUAGAGUUCCAUGUGCUCAAACCAAAAAUGUAAAUUGGGACACUGACCAGUGGCAACCAAUUAUUGAUAACAGACAAUUUUUACCUUGGGUUGCUGAAGAGCCAGGUGAUGAGGAAAAAUUAACUGCAAGAUUGAUCACACCAAGUCAAAUCUCAAAGUUGGAAGCUAAAUGGAGAUCUAAUAAAGAUGCUACAAUUAAUGACAUUGAUGCUCCAGAAACUCAAGAAGAAAUCCCACCUAUUUUAUUAAGAUACCAAGAUGCAUUUGAAUACCAAAGAUCAUUUGGUCCUCUAAUCAAACUAGAAGCUGAUUACGACAAACAACUGAAAGAAUCACAAGCAUUAGAGCAUAUUUCAGUUACUUGGUCCUUAGCUCUGAAUAAUAGACAUCUAGCCUCCUUCGCAUUAUCUACUUUUGAAUCUAAUGAAUUGAAAGUAGCUGUUGGUGAUGAAAUGAUUUUAAGGUAUUCAGGGUUACAACAUCCAGAAUGGGAAGGUAGAGGUUAUAUUGUUAGAUUACCAAACAGUUUUAAAGAUGAAUUCACAUUGGAGUUAAAACCAAGCAAGAUUCCAGCGCCAACUCAAUUGGGAACGGGGUUCACUGCAGAAUUUAUCUGGAAAGGUACGUCUUAUGACAGAAUGCAAGAUGCACUAAAGAAAUUUGCCAUUGAUAAGAAAUCCAUCUCAGGUUACCUAUAUUAUAAAAUAUUGGGCCAUGAAGUUCAUGAUAUUGAGUUUGAUGUUCCAAUCCCAACUGAAUUAUCAAUUCCUCAUUUUGCAAGAUUAAAUGCUUCUCAAGCAAGUGCAGUUGCGCAUGUAUUGCAAAAACCAUUAUCUUUGAUUCAAGGUCCGCCAGGUACUGGUAAAACUGUUACGUCAGCUACAAUUGUAUAUCAUUUAUCAAAAUCCCAUAAAGACAGAAUCUUAGUCUGUGCUCCAUCUAAUGUAGCAGUUGACCAUUUAGCUAGCAAAUUACGCGAUUUGGGUUUAAAAGUUGUUAGAUUAACGGCAAAAAGUAGAGAAGAUGUUGAAAGUUCUGUAUCUGAUUUGGCUUUGCAUAAUUUAGUUGCUAGAUCAUCUAAAGGAGAAUUGAAGAAACUUUUGAAAUUAAAAGAAGAAGUCGGUGAACUAUCUGCAACAGAUGCAAAGAAAUUUGUUAGGUUAGUGAGAAAGGCUGAAUCUGAAAUCUUAAAGAAAGCAGAUGUAGUUUGUUGUACAUGUGUGGGUGCUGGUGACAAGAGACUGGAUGCUAAGUUCAGAACUGUUUUAAUUGAUGAAAGUACACAGGCUUCAGAACCAGAGUGUUUAAUUCCUAUUGUAAAAGGUGCUAAGCAAAUUAUUUUGGUUGGUGACCAUCAGCAAUUAGGUCCAGUUAUUUUGGAGAGAAAAGCAGGUGAUGCAGGAUUGAAGCAAUCACUUUUCGAAAGAUUGAUUUUAUUGGGUCAUGUUCCAAUCCGUUUAGAAGUUCAAUACCGUAUGAACCCAUUUUUAAGUGAAUUUCCAAGUAAUAUGUUCUAUGAAGGUAGUUUACAAAAUGGUGUUACAAUUGAGCAGCGUACCAUCCCAGGAAGUACCUUUCCUUGGCCAAUUCAUGAAGUUCCAAUGAUGUUUUGGGCCAAUUAUGGUAGAGAAGAAAUUUCUGCUAAUGGUACAUCUUUCUUAAAUAGAAUAGAAGCAAUGAAUUGUGAACGUAUUAUCACCAGGUUAUUCAAAGAUGGUGUCAAACCCCACCAAAUUGGUGUUAUUACCCCAUAUGAAGGUCAAAGGGCUUACAUAUUACAGUAUAUGCAAAUGAAUGGUUCCUUAGACAAGGAAUUGUAUGUCAAUGUUGAAGUUGCCUCUGUUGAUGCUUUCCAAGGCCGUGAAAAGGACUACAUUAUCUUAUCAUGUGUACGUGCUAAUGAACAACAAGCUAUUGGUUUCUUAAGUGAUCCUCGUCGUUUAAAUGUUGGUUUGACCCGUGCUAAAUAUGGGUUAGUAAUAUUAGGUAAUCCUAGAUCAUUGUCUAGGAAUGUUUUAUGGAAUCAUCUAUUGAUCCACUUUAGAGAAAAGGGUUGUUUGGUGGAAGGUCCAUUGAAUAACUUGCAGUUAUGUACAGUACAAUUGACAAGAUCUCAUCCUAACAAACGUAAUAACCAAAGCAGAUUUCAGUUCAGCUUGAAUGGUGAAGUUGGUGAAAUUCCUAAUAUUCAAGAUUUUGAUACACAAAGUUUAAUGUCAUUUGGUGGUCAUGCUAAUGCAAAUACAAUGUUUAAUAAUAAUUUUGCAGCUAGUAGUGAAUUGUCAUCCUUCUUGAAUAAUGAAUAUUGGAAUACAGAAAAGUUCAAGACACAGGCAAACAAAGAGCAAAAUGAAUCAACAAUGGGAAACGCAUUUGAUGAAAGAGGAUACUCCAAUUUUGAUUCCAGUUUGGCAAGAAAUUUACAAGCCAAUAAUGGAACAACUUCAAAAUACUAUAAUGUCGAUCUAAACGAUUUGAAUAAUGGUAUCUCUUCCUUGGGUAUAUAA